UUGCCCGAUGGUGUUGGCGCUCUAGCCCGGGUGAGCCUGCGGCGGCGGCUGAUGUAAGGAACCCGCAGAGGGACUGCGGGACUGGGAGGAAGGAUGAGCUCUGAGUUCGACCUUGAGUCCUUCUCGAGGAUAGGCAAGUCACUGUCGAAUGCUUCCAGCCUCAGAUCCAUCAGAGAAUCGUUGGAAAGCAGCAGACAGCAGACAAGAAGGAGCAGGGAGAUAAGCUUCGUGUCUCUUUCGGAAGUCAAUACUCAGAUUGUAGAUUUUCAUGUAGAUCGUGGCCGACAUGCAGUCAUGCUCUCUUCCCCACGAUCCGAGUCCCUUCAGGAUUCUUCCUCGACUACACGUAAUCCGUUCCAGCACCUGGUGUCCUUGGAAGACAAGAACAGCUUACGAGCGUCCAAGAUGAGGAAGAGGCAGGCAGACAAACUCCACGAGAAUCGAUUUAUCUCUCAACGAGGAAGCCGGGAGCUGGAUGCUAAGCCCCCUAAGGAGAAGCUCGUUCUUCCUUCCUCAAGUUUUCUUGCACCAGAAAGAAAGGAGUCAGUCUAUUACAAGAUGCAGGACAAACGAUAUGCUGCUGUGCCUCCGAUCGGGCAUUACGAUGCUAGCUAUGAGCUUGUGAGACCGAAGACAGCCAGACUCUGCUACAUUGCAGCAAAGCAGCACAACGUGAGGUCAUCGUCGCCUCAAGGGCACUUCAAGGUGUCUGAAACACACUUCACGAGGAGCAAGAGCUUCGAGUAUGCUCCCAGCUCAAUCUCAAAGUCCGUCGAGAACGAGAUGACAAGCAGCCCUUUCAAUCUGAGA